CCCAUCGUCGAUAUUCAAAUCAUCAAACCCUAGAAACAAUCCAAUCCAAAGCAACAAGUAGAAUCAAUGGAUUCAGUAAAAGCAACGAAAUCCGUCGGAGGAAGAGGCAAACCGAAAUCCACCAAAUCCGUCUCCAGAUCUUCAAAAGCCGGUCUUCAGUUCCCCGUCGGCAGAGUUUCCCGGUACCUUAAAGCCGGCCGAUAUGCAAAACGUGUCGGAUCUGGUAGUCCUGUUUACCUCUCCGCCGUCCUCGAAUAUCUCGCUGCAGAGGUUUUGGAGCUUGCUGGAAAUGCUGCAAGGGAUAACAAGAAGAACAGGAUCACUCCGAGGCAUAUUCAAUUGGCUGUGAGGAACGAUGAUGAAUUGGGCAAGUUGUUGGGAAAAGUGACGAUUGCUAACGGUGGAGUGUUGCCGAAGAUUCAUCAAACUCUACUUCCCAGCAAAAAAGGUAAAGGCAAGGAUGAGAUUGGGUCUGCUUCACAAGAAUUUUAGGGUUCUAGUAUUGACAGUCAAAUUGAAAUAGGGUUUUCAAGUUCUUAUUACUCGAUCCUCUUGUUAAUAUUCAUGUGAAAUCGUUUCCCUUCUGUACUGAUUUCUAGCUAUAAUGAAAGUGGUUUUUUGUUGAAUUUGUACGUUCGUUGUUAAGCAGAUUUGCGUACUUGCUUAUUCACGCAUAUACCAAUUAAAUCAAUUGUUCCC